UAAUAAGAUUUCUGGAGCUGAGCUGGAGCUACAGGGGCUACAGUGCACACACAGAGCUUUUUCCACUCCUCUCUUCCAUCAUGGUGGAUUUGUUCCUGAACCACGUGCUGGUGGAGAACAACUCGGAUCAGGAUGAGCUCAACACGGAGCGCGAGAUCAUCGGGAUUCUGGAAAACCGCAUCCUGCUGCUGUUCUUUGCCUGUGCCGAGUGUGAAAAGUGCCAGAAGUUUGUACCUGUUCUCAAUAAUUUUUUCAAGAGACUGAAAGAUCCAAUUUACAUCGAAUAUCCAAAACUGCUUGCACUCGUCUACAUCAGCUUGGAUCAAUCGGAGCAGCAGCAGGAGAAAUUCCUGAGGGAAUUGCACAAAAAGAUGUUAUUUGUUGCCUUUGAGGACCCAUAUAGAAAGGAGCUGCAGGCCAUGUUUAGGGUAAAGGACACACCGACAGUAGUGGUCCUGCGUCCCGACGGCUCCGUGCUCUCUCCAAACGCCGUCCGGGACAUCUCUCGCCUCGGCACGCACUGUUUCCGCGACUGGCAGGAGUCGGCUGAGAUUGUUGAGAGGACGUUCAUGCUCAAUGAGGAGUUUGAUGACCUCGACAUGCGCAGCGCGACCGACCCAGUGAGGAGGCUCAAGUACAAGAAAGAGGACGACAAAAGAAAAAAGAGCUGGUGGAAGUUAUGGGAGAAAGGAAAAUACAGAAAUGAGGAUGGAGAGGGGGGAGAUGAACCAUGGGAUGGGAAGAAGAAGGAGGCUUUUUAAUACUCCGUGCUUAACACUUCGCCAUGGCGGAUCUUUUUGUUGACCGGGUCCUGGUGAAGAAUAAUAAAGACCAGGAUGAACUGGACACGGAGCGUGAGAUCGUCAUGCGCCUGCAGAACCGAAUCCUGAUGCUUUUCUUUGCCUCUGCAAAAUGUGAGACCUGCCAGCAGUUUGCUCCCACGCUCCAUGAGUUCUUCAAACAGUUAACGGAUGAAUUCUAUGUGGAGCGCUCCGCUCAGCUGGUUCUCCUGUACAUCAGUUUGGAUGAGUCAGAGGAACAACUGGAGAGCUUCCUGAAGGAGCUUCCAAAGAAGUCGCUGUUCCUGGCCUAUGAGGACCCCUACAGGAGGGAGCUGGAGGCCAUGUUUAACGUGGAGGAGCUGCCCACAGUGGUGGUGCUGCGUCCCGACUGCUCCAUCCUCAUCCCCAAUGCAGUGGAGGAGAUAAUCCGCCUGGGCCCCGACUGCUACCGCAACUGGCACGAAGCGGCUGAGCUCAUCGACAGGAACUUCCUCAUGAACGAGGACUUUGAGGAGAAGUCCAUGCGCAGCUUCAGCGACCCCGUCCGAAGGCUGAAGUACAAGGUGGAGGACGAGAAGAAGAAAAACAAGAAGAAGAAGCGCAAGGGUUGGGGUGGAGGAGGUGAUGGUGGAGGGGAGGCUGAAGCAGGAGCAGAUGAUAAGGAUGGAGGAGGGUCACCAUGGUGAUGGAGACCAGGAGCACAUGAACAAGACUGUGACGUGUACAAAAAUGUGUUGUUUUUCCACUUUAGACCAGCAACACUCUUCUACCGCAGAAGCCAAACAAUACAUUCGUUUUGGUACAUAUCAGGAAAUGUGUGAGUUUCCUAGAGGAAAUGUUAAUCUGAUCUCUGAUAUUCAAAGGUAGUGGUAAUCAAGGGGUUGCAGCGAAAAAAGCUCCAGCAGACAAUACCAAG